AUGCCUCAUCUUUUCUCCAAUUGGUUGAGGAUAUUUUUAAUCUGUGCAGAAGCUGAAAUCAAGCAAUUUAUUGGCCUAGCUCAUCGGUUGUGGCUUCGAAGAAAUGACGUGGUGCACGGUGGUUCUAUGACCCAUCCCACGUUACUGGUUCAACGAACAAAGGUGGCUAUAGAAGACUUUGCUGCAGCUACCGAGUUGGGAGCAGGGGCGCAUGACAACCCCAAUGAAGGAAUUAUGGUAAGAUGGCAACAUCCACAAUUGGGCUGGAAAAAAGUAAAUUGGGAAGCUUUUUUGGCAUCUGGAAAAGGCUGGAUGGGUUUUGGUGUAUUGGUGAGGGAUGAGCAGGGUCUAGUCAUCGCAGCUUUGAGCAAAACCUAUGUGGGCAGUUUGAAUUCUCUAAAGGCGGAGGCACAGGCAGCGCUUAUGGCGGUCCAGUUUUGCAAAAAUUUGGGACUUGAUUGCCUUCAUUUUGAGGGGGAUGCACAGGGGUUGGAGCAAUAUGUUCCAGCUGGUUUGAAUUAA